UAAUGUACUUGAUCGUAAACAAAUGCUUACCUACCUACUUACGAUAAGUUAUAAUCAUAGAGUAAUUAAUGUACUACAUAAGGUUAUAACUGUUAGUCGUUUAUCUACUUCUCGAGUUCCCAAGACUAUUCUUGAUAAUAUUACAUUAAUAUUCUAUAGUAGUGUUAAGCGGCUUACGUUGGUUUUGUGAAAAUGGGAUGUUUUUCGUCAAAAAGUAGAACUUCGUCACAAGAAUAUCGGUAUACAAAUGAAAAAAUACCAAAAGGAUUUGAUAGAACACAUCGUACACCUUUGGAAUUACAAUUAGUUACAUAUUAUCACGAAUCCAUAAAUUCAUCUAUUGGUGGACUUUGGCCGGGAGACUCUGGAGAAAAUCGGCGAUACAGCAUCAGUCACACAAGUUAUCCACCCUUCCGUCAUCAGGUUCCGACGCCGAAACCGCCAGCUAGGCCCCGCUUUGGCGAAUAUCGUUGCAUUUGUGGACGGACUUGGAGUAGCCGCUUAUCAUGGCAAGGAAAUUAUCAGAUAUGCAAGCGAUGCAAGAGAUCUGUUCAUCCCCAUUCACAGAGAGAAUUGCUUCCUUCUGACAUUACUAACGACAAAGAAAAAUGCGAACAACAUCCUAAAGAAUUGUGUCAAAAAUGUAAACAACUUGGCUCUUACUGCGGAAAACGGCAAAAUGUCAAGCCACGUUAUCAAGCACGUCUAAGGUAAAAUGUAUCUACCUUAUAACUACAGGCACAAUACAACGUGAAAAUACUGUAAGAUGUAUCUAUAUGGCCAGGCCAUAAUAUAAGUAAUUAUUAUAAUCACCUAUUAUAACGUUUUAGGCACGCUAAUUGGAAUGAGCGUUCGAUUUAUAACAUACUGAUUGUAUGUAAGUACCUAUGCGUACCUAUACCUAACGUUUGUUACCUUAAUCACUAACUUGAGCUUUCAUGCAACUUCUUUACAAAUAAUAUCAUACCUACUUAUAUAUCACAAUGAUAAUUGAUAGGUGUCCACUACACGAUCAAUCUGGCUCAAAUACUUUCUUUGGUUAUUGAUAACCGCCGAUGGAUAGUUUAAUCUGCGAUUGGAUAAUUAUUAACAAGAUAAAAAAUAUCUAGGUAGGCACGUAUUUGGUAUUUUUAUUCGGUAAAUUCGAAUUAGACCCUAAUUUCCGGUAACCAUUUUUAUUUAUUACAUAUACACCUUUACUCUAGGCUACACCCUCAGUUUUCUUCUAUUUCGUUUCUUUAUUGUCAAAGCUAUAACUACAAUGACCUACAAAAGCCACUGAUAAUUUAUCUCUAUUAGUUUAGUAUGCGUGUUUUCAGAUUAAAUCCUUGAGGAAAUUAACAGAAACCACUUGAAUUUUUUAAAUUGCGUCCAUCAAUUCGUCAAUCCAUGUUUGUAAAACCAAGGGCGUAGAGAAUGAAUUGAGCAAUACCAAACCGAAACUGACCGCUCAGUAGUUAGCGACAAGAUUAUUGAGCAACUAAUACAGACUAUUUUCUCUAGGUCUAGACAGGGCGCAUGUGCAGAGCUCAUCUGCUUUUGAAAGCCAUAUAUGGAACUGUAACAUAAUUCUAGAACAAAACUAUUACUGAUUGCACAUUCGCUUUAGCUCCUGGCAUUUCUGUAAAUAUUCACAUCAGCAGCUUUAACUAAAUAGACACGUAUAAUCCAUAAUUAUCUAUGUCUAUGGAUAAAACCUGAAUCCAGAUCUACGCAUUGAUAACAGAUUGAACUUGUAAUGAUCAGCUACUUACAAAAAAAAUUAUGUACUUACCAGUUAUUUGUUUUACUGCAGGAAGUGGUCUAUUAGGCGGUUUGUAACAUAAAUGUAAACAUAACUAUAAUUAUCAAAUUAAAACAAUUUACUAAUUAA